GUGGACAGAUAAACGUGGCGGAGGGACCUCUACACAUGGCCGCCGAUGGAGCGACUAGGUUCGGACGGACGCGUAAAAUGACCGUAGUGCCCCUGCCAGCGACAUCUUCAACCUCUAGCCCCUCAGAUUGGUUAAUAACAGUGACUGCAACUCACGGCGACGGCGGGUGCCAGGAGAUUAGAAGAUAACGAGAGUUCAGAGAUGACGCCAGGGCUGACGACGGCAACGGCGGUGGCGACGCAAGCGUACGGUGAACCGUCCUACUGGGACAACCGCUACGCCAACGAAUCCGGGCCUUUCGAUUGGUACCAGAAGUAUCCCUCCUUAGCUCCGCUCCUCCGGCUCUAUGUCUCUCCCCACCACCGAGUCCUAGUCGUCGGCUGUGGGAACUCAGCCUUCAGCGAAGGGAUGGUUAAUGAUGGUUAUAAAGAUGUCGUCAACAUUGAUAUCUCCUCCGUGGUAAUUGGGGAUAUGCAGAAGAAAUACAGUGAUCGGCCAGAACUAAAAUAUUUUGAAAUGGAUGUCCGAGACAUGAAUGCUUUUCAAGCAGGGUCCUUUGAUGCCAUUGUUGAUAAAGGAACUAUGGACUCUCUCUUGUGUGGAAACAAUUCACAACAGAAUGCUGCUAAGAUGCUUCAGGAGGUUGGGAGGGUGCUCAAGGAUAAAGGAGUCUAUAUUCUGAUUACAUAUGGAGCUCCAAUUUAUCGUCUGCGUUUAUUGAGAGAAACAUGCUUGUGGACUACAAAACUUCACGUCAUAGAGAAACUUGGUUUGGAAGGAAGCUCUGAACAUCAAUGGGAGCUGACAAAUCCCGUUCCAUUGAACGACGAUGGAAGCUCAGUGGAGGCAGCUAUUGGAAGGAACCUGGAUGUCCAUUAUAUAUAUGUCUGCACAAAGGAUGUUUCCCUAAAUGAGGGGCUGAGGCAUGGAUCAUCAGUUGGGUAAUGAAGGCAAUUACUUUCAGUCCUUUCCCUCUUGCUGGGACUUUUCAGCUGUAAUUGAAAUCAAUGACAAUAGCUUUUGAAGAUCUGGAGAGAGAGAGGAGAGAGCAAUAAAAAUAUCUUUUUACACUUGGUACUCCUAUCUUGAAUGGAACUAACUUGUAAUAUAUUCAUCCAAUCUAUAGUUCCAAAUAUCAAUACCUUACAAUCAAAUCAAUUAGAUUAUGUUUGGUUUGUGGAA